GUUUGGAAAGAAGCUUCAACGGGCAUAUAAAACCCUUCAUCAUAAAAAUACAUGUAUGUUUUUCCCCUGGCCAGUUGUGUCUGCAACUAAUUAUUUGCUGGCUUCACAUACCGUUAAGUGUCGCUCCUUUUGUGGUUGAAUAGUUGCAACUUUUCAACGGCGCAGAACAUGCGUGGAUGUACAUCAACAUGACGAAUUGCACAAGUAACAACCAGCAAUUUUACUUGAAGAAGAGGCUGUUCUAUAUGUACCCGGGCAAUGUUCUCGAAUGUCCAAAUCCCUAACAUUACUUGAGCGUGGAACGGUCAUUUUUUCGCAUGAAUUACAAACGGAUUUGGGUCGGCUUUGUCGUUCCUUAAGAUUCAGGAUGAGAAAACCCAAAGUUAAUCGGAUGGUUCUUGCGAUGUGCUUGGGGUGUUUUAUAAUGGUUAUAUUCUAUUUUCAGAGCAACUUGAAACCAGCCUCAGCACAGGGUAGUGGGAGGAGCAGCGGCCAGGUGAAGUCAUGGAGGAGUCCACUCCAGAGGCUCUAUGACAGUGACCAGCUGGAGCAGUCGACGGUGCAGGUGACCCACCAGGGUCGGCGGGAGCUGCUGGAGGACGCCUGCCGCUCGUACACGCGCAAGCGUCACGUGCUCAUCCCCGAGGACCUCAAGCACGUCAUUGUGGAUGACCAACACGGCCUGCUCUACUGCUAUGUGCCCAAGGUGGCCUGCACCAACUGGAAGCGUGUCCUAAUGGUCCUUACAGGUGCCGCCGGCCCCCACCGCGACCCCCUCUCCAUCCCCGCCAAUGAGGCCCACGUGUCUGGCAACCUGCGCACCCUCUCUGAGUAUUCCACCUCUCAGAUCAACCAGCGGCUGCGCUCCUACCUAAAGUUUGUGUUCGUGCGUGAGCCCUUUGAGCGGCUUGUUUCGGCUUACCGCAACAAGUUUACACGCAGCUACAACACGGCCUUCCACAAGCGCUAUGGCACCAAGAUCAUCCGCCGGCACCGGCCCAACCCGCAGGCCGAAGCGCUGGAGCGGGGAGACGACGUCUCCUUCGAGGAGUUUGUGUACUACCUGGUGGACCCGGCCACACAGCGCGAGGAGCCCUUCAACGAGCACUGGGCGCGCGUGCACUCGCUUUGCCACCCCUGCCUCAUCCACUACAACGUGGUGGGCAAGUACGAGACGCUGGAGCAGGACUCCCGCUACGUGCUGCAGCUGGCUGGGGUGGAGGGCCAGGUGACUUUCCCUUCCUCGGCCAAGAACACCAGGACUACGGGAGACAUGGCCGCUCAGUUCUUCAACAACAUCAGCCCCUUCUAUCAGAAGAAGCUGUAUAACCUCUACCACAUGGACUUCCUGCUGUUCAACUACUCCACGCCGGAGUACCUGAAGUUUUGAUGACGUUACGCUUCUUAGGAGGAGCCUUAGUUUGAACCAUCUAUCAUAAGCACUACGUCAUGUAGUUGGAAGCGUGACAUUGUAACCUAUGACAGAGGGUUCAAAAGAAGUGGUACAGACACUUUUAACAUGGGUCCCGGGACUCUUCAAAGCACAGUAAUGUUUAUUACGGAGAGGACUAACCUGGUGAAAUCUAAGGAACUAUAGAUAUCUUUCAUAUCAAAAGUGAGAGUGGCUUUAAGAUGAGACAACGGGAAUGGACACUUAAGAUGAAGAUUUUGUACUGUUAGCAAUGAGCCAAUGGAGAUGAAAUGAUUGCCUCUGUAUGUGUAAAAUGCACCUAUAGUGCACAUUAACUCAAAAUGACCAAACUUUGACACCACCAACAAACUUUGGUUACAAUUAUUAUUUUUUCUUUCAAAGUUUAUUUAGUCACCACCAUUCUAGAGUAAGACUAAAAGGAACACAAGCUAUCUGAAGUAAUAGGGGUGCUGAAAGUAUCUUUAUUAGUGCCUUUGAGUGGGCCUUAUGACUUAAAGGUGUAUGACAUCAGUGUUUUCCUUAUACUGUAGAGAGUUGACUCUCAUUGGACGGUUUAUUUAUUGUGAUAUUUGUGUCCCAAUGUCAACAAACUGCAGAUAGACCACACAUUUAGACAUUUGGAAUAACUACCAUAACCUCAGUCAAAUAAACACAUUUAAGCAGUU